UGAUUUUCAAGAGUGGUCAAGAAGAAAGGAAGAAAGCUCGGAGAUGGGACGAGGGAGUUCAAGAGAAAAAUUGGAAAGUAGCCGCAUUAUUACAGGCUAUAGUAGGAUGUAUGUAGUCACGAAAUUUCCGUUGGAGAGGGAAGGUACCCCGCGAUCGUAGUGAGUGGCGAUACGGCAAUUAGCAGGUUCGGGGUGCUGGAUGCGGUAACCCGGUUGUUUGGUGGGGUAGGGGAACUCUGGAGCUGCUGUGGAGUGGAGACUUUGACAGUCGGGGUUUUUACAUGAUGCAUCGGGUUCUGCAAUUUGACCCCUGAGUAUUCAACGUUUUUGUGAAGAUUCUCAUGUAAGUCGUAAUAUGGCUUGGGAUAUUGAUGGGAGGGCUGACGAUGAGUAGUUGCAAUGUCGAGCUCGUUUCAAAGGAAGAGGACCGUUGGGGUUUCUCUCAAAAUGUACUUUGAUCUGGAGAAAACGGCAGAGUAUAUCAGAUCCUGCUCUCCUCUUGCUCCCCAUGCAUUGUCGCAUAGUGUCGAUAUAUUCAUCAUCCCAGACUUUCUGUCCUUGACAGCAGCAAGUACUAUUCUCCGUCUCGAGGCCCCUACCAUCAGACUUGGAGCCCAAGAUUGCUUCUGGGAAGACAACGGUGCAUAUACUGGAGAAGUGUCACCCGCUGUAUUGAAAAGCAUUGGAUGCUCGCUGGUCGAGCUAGGCCACGCAGAGAGACGACGACUCUUUGGAGAAACCGACGAGCACGUUGCCAAAAAAGCUCAAGCUGCCGUACGAAAUGGCAUGACGCCUCUAGUCUGUAUAGGAGAGAAGAGCCAGGGCAGCGUGGAAGAGGCCGUGGAGGAGUGCCGGCCGCAGAUGGAAUCGGUGUUGGGCGUCACGGAUGAAGAGAUCAUAUUUGCCUAUGAGCCCGUCUGGGCGAUUGGACAGCCAGAGCCGGCUUCUGCAGAGUACGUGGUCAGUGUUACAAAGGAGUUGAGGAAACUUUGUGGGCAGCGGCCAGUGCGUUUCUUGUAUGGGGGUUCGGCUGGUCCUGGGACGUUCGAUGCGAUGCGAGAUGGUGUUGAUGGGCUGUUUCUGGGUCGUUUCGCACAUGAUGUGAAGAAUUUCUAUGAGGUUAUUAAGGAGGUGGGAGCUUCGUAGGUGGGAGUGGCUGGGGGUC